UCACGCUUUACUACCAACAGGCACGGAAUUCCAGGGAGGAAGUCGCCGAGAUUGGGAAACGGACAAAAACUCCGCGCAGUGCCAACAUUUAAAAAAAAAAAAACCAAACAACCGACUAACCCGGGGACGGAGGACAAGUCAGAAACAAAACCAAUUCUCCGCCGGGAACAGCAGAAAACUUUCGGCUUUUGGAACAUGGACUAGAGGCGGAGGGUCGCGGCAGAUGGAGGCGGCGAGAAGUUUGGUGUUUGUCGGGGCCGUGCUGCUCGGAGUGACGGGCGCGUUGGGCAGAGAAGUGUGUCUGGGUACAGAUAUGAAGCUGGCCCUGCCCUCCAGUCUGGUAAACCACUACGAGAUGCUGAGGUUGCUCUACACUGGCUGCCAGGUCGUCCAUGGCAACCUGGAGAUUACACACCUUCAUGGAACCCCUGACCUCUCCUUCCUACAGGGAAUUGUGGAGGUGCAGGGUUAUGUACUUGUAGCCCAUGUGUCAGUGAGUCUAGUGCCUUUGGACAACCUUCGGAUCAUCCGAGGCAGCCAGCUGUACAACUCCAGCUACGCCCUGGCUGUGCUGGAUAACACUCUGGGUGGACAGGGGCUCAGGACACUCCGGCUUCGUAGCCUCACAGAGAUCCUGUUGGGUGCGGUGUACAUUUGGGGAAACCCCCAGCUGUGCUUCCCAGACCCCAAGAACAUCAACUGGAAUGACACCUUGGACGAGCAGAACUUCUACACCUGGCAGCACCAACUGCAGCCGCGAGCCUCUAAAUGUCCAAAUUGUUCCUCAGUAUGUGAGAAACACUGCUGGGGAGAAACUGCACAGGACUGCCAAACCUUGACCCGUAAUGAUUGUGCGCCUGGCUGUCAGCGAUGUAAAGGUCCGUCGUCUAAUGACUGCUGUCACAUGCAGUGUGCUGCUGGAUGCACAGGACCCAAAGACUCAGACUGCCUGGCGUGCCGUCACUUCAACGACAGCGGUGUGUGCAAGGAGAACUGUCCUCCACCCACUAUUUAUGACCCUGUCACCUUUCAGACCAAACCCAACCCAAACAAGAAGUUCAACUUUGGAGCAACCUGCAUCAAGACGUGUCCCUAUAACUAUCUGGCUAUGGAAGUGGCCUGUACUUUGGUUUGUCCCAAAGCCAACCAGGAAGUUAUCAUCACCCAUCCUGAUGGAAAUGAGACGCAGAAAUGUGAAAAGUGUGAAGGAGACUGUCCCAAAGUGUGUUAUGGUCUGGGUAUGGAUAACCUUGGUGUCAUGGACAACCAUGGCAUCACCAUGGUAACAUCUUCUAAUGUGGAGCAGUUCAACAAGUGUAAGAAGAUUUUUGGUAGUCUGGCCUUCCUCCCUCAGAGCUUUGCAAGGGACCCUGUAACCAACACAUCAGGCAUGACUCUGGAGCAUCUGAAUGCCUUCAAGAAACUGGAGGAGAUUACAGGCUACUUGUACAUUGAUGCCUGGCCUGAAGAGUGGACUGACCUGAGUGUGUUUGAGAACCUGAAGGUGAUCCGAGGCAGAAUGCUCUACAAGGGUGUGUUUUCACUUGCCAUCCAAAAUAUACACAUCCAGUCUCUUGGGUUACGUUCACUAAGCAGCGUCAGUGGAGGUUUGGUCCUGUUGCACAACAAUUCCCAGCUGUGCUACACCAGUUCACUGCCCUGGGAGAGUCUCCUGCAUCCCACCCAGGGACCCCACCGCAUCGUCAGCCACAACCGGAACCCCAAAAUCUGCGAGGAAGAGGGGCGCGUUUGUCACCCGCUGUGUGAUGGGGGCUGUUGGGGUCCAGGGCCCGGCCAGUGUGUGUCCUGCAAAGCUUUCCGACGUGGCACUGAGUGUGUAGAGCAGUGUGACAUCUAUCAGGGGGCUGUGCGUGAAUACACAGACGGAUCCUUGUGUGUUGUCUGUCACACAGAGUGUCGACCUCUCAACGGCUCUGCCUCCUGUCAUGGCCCGGGUGCAGAACAUUGUACAGAGUGUCGAAAGUUCAAGGACGGGGAGCUCUGUGUGGACCAUUGUCCCAGCGGUGUGAAGGAGGAUCAGCAAACUGUGUGGAAGUACAGCAAUGCGACAGGACACUGUCUGCCCUGCAACACCAACUGCACACUGUCCUGCACUGUGAUGGAUGAAAGAGGCUGCCCCAUUGAUACCAGGACAGGACCGGGUACGACGAUCGCGGCUUCAGUGGGUGGCGUGGUGCUCUUCUUCAUCCUGCUGGCUCUGCUGGUCUUCUACCUGAGGAGGCAGAAGAAGCUGAAGAGGAAGGAGACCAUGAGGAGGAUCCUGCAAGAACAUGAGCUGGUAGAGCCUCUAACACCCAGUGGUGCGUCACCUAAUCAGGCUCAGAUGCGUAUCCUAAAGGAGACUGAGUUGAAAAAGCUCAGGGUGCUGGGUGCAGGGGCCUUUGGUACUGUUUACAAGGGAGUGUGGGCUCCUGAUGGGGAAAAUGUGAAAAUACCAGUGGCUAUUAAGGUAUUACGAGAGAACACCUCGCCAAAGGCCAAUAAAGAAAUCCUUGAUGAGGCUUAUGUGAUGGCGGGGGUUGCCAGCCCUUACGUGUGUCGUCUUCUGGGAAUCUGUCUGACCUCCACGGUGCAGCUGGUCACUCAGCUGAUGCCAUACGGCUGCCUUCUCGACUAUGUCAGGGAGAACAAGGAUCACAUCGGCUCCCAGUUCCUCCUCAACUGGUGUGUCCAGAUCGCCAAGGGGAUGAGUUAUCUGGAGGAGGUCCGGCUGGUCCACAGAGAUUUGGCGGCCCGCAACGUUCUAGUGAAAAACCCAAACCACGUGAAGAUCACCGACUUUGGCCUGGCCCGCCUGCUUGACAUAGACGAGACCGAGUAUCACGCUGAUGGAGGGAAAGUGCCGAUUAAAUGGAUGGCUCUAGAGUCUAUUCUGCACAGGAAGUUCACUCAUCAGAGUGACGUCUGGAGCUAUGGGGUGACAGUCUGGGAGCUGAUGACAUUUGGUGCUAAGCCCUACGACAUGAUCCCAGCAAGGGAAAUCCCAGAGGUUUUAGAGGGUGGAGAACGGCUUCCCCAGCCCCUCAUCUGCACCAUCGACGUCUACAUGAUUAUGGUCAAAUGUUGGAUGAUUGAUCCAGAAAGCAGACCGAAGUUCAAAAAUCUGGUGAAUGAUUUUAGUGUCAUGGCCAGGGAUCCUCCUCGUUAUGUAGUCAUUCAGAACGAUGAGCAGAUGAGCAUGUCCAGUCCAGUGGACAGCCAGUUUUUCCGGACACUGAUGGAGGAAGAAGGGAACAAUAUGAGGGAACUGCUGGAUGCUGAGGAGUAUCUGGUGCCUCAGCCAAACCUCUUCCCCAGGACCCCGGGAGACGGGGCUCAAGCAAACGGGCCAUCCAGACACCAAUCAUACAGAAGCAGAGAUCAGGGCUUAGAUUUUGAGCCCUCCAUCACAGGCGGCCCUCGGAGCAUAUACUCCUCCCUGAGCACUCUCGGCCGCAGCCAGUACCCUACCCUGCCAUUAGGAGCCAGCGCCUCCAAUGGCCUGUGGCCUCCUCAGUACCCGACGCUGGCUCGCAGGCCGUCGACCGGAGGUCAGUCUGACUCGGUCUUCCUGGACGGGGCCCCAGACGACCCCUCGCUGCCCCCGGCCAGCCCUGGACGCUACUGCAAAGACCCCACCUACCCCAAUGGGAGCCAGGGCGACCUGGAGACAGACGGGCCGAAUGGCUUUCAUCAUCCUCAUCACCUUCAUCACUCUCUGCCCAGACGGAAUCAUGGGUAUAAUCAUAAUCAUGCCUUGCCAGAGUACGUCAACCAGGAGAUCCUGGAUCUCAGACCUGGGAUCCCCGAGCGGCCCAGCACGCUGCCUCGUAAAGGCUCCAGAGCAGACCGACGUCUCCCUAAUGGCCUGAACUCCGGUCACAGCGUGGAAAACCCGGGAUACUUGGUCCCUGUUAGCUCCGGGGCCUCCACGUCUCCGGCCUUUGACAACCCGUACUAUCUUGACCUUGUGUCCAAAGCCAAAGCGGUAGCUGGGGCUGCUCCAGGGGAUGGCGCACUGGAGAGAGACGAAGGAUUGCCCAGGCAUGUGAACGGGUUUGUGACCCCCACGGCAGAGAAUCCAGAGUAUCUGGGACUAGCGGACACCUGGAGUGGACAUACUUGAGGAGAGGGAAUGGGAGUAAUGUGAUGAGCUCAAGAGGAGUCGCAGAUUGUGUUCUGCUGAGGUAAAAGAGGAGUGAGAUGGGAAUUAGCAUGCGGAACUGAAUUUUCUCUCGAUAUAAAGUGAAGCACCAAAAUCCAAACCAGUUGAGGAUGUCUGGCAAAAGUCACCAAAUCACCCAGCUGUGGCACGCCAUGACUCAAAACCAUGUAGCAUUAAUCUGGUGUCCGCGGCAUCAUUUGUAUUCCUGUCUUCCUCUCAGCAAUCUGCGACUGUUAAGUGCCAAAAAGAAGUUUACUCAGCCUCUGUAAAUAACUCGAUAAGCAAAGGAGUUCACAUUUGUGGAAACCCAUCAUGGUACGAGAAGGGUCUGAUUCUCACAGAAUCCAACAUUUGACUGGAUUAAUGAAUGCAAAUUUCUUUUUAAACAAUAAUUUUCUUUUAACUUGUUUAAUGUCUGUGCUUGUUUCUACAUGUGAAGCAUUUUUUGAAUCGUUCGAUUCCCUGUUGUGUCCUGAUAAACAGCUAAGCAGAGAAAAACAUAUAGAACACUUUGACAAAGUGAGCCAUGGUAUGCAUUGAAGAUUAUGUUUAGUAUUCUGGUCACUUUCUCCCCGACCUGAUGGGGGUCUUCAGUACACUCAAAGCCAUUUUGUUUUGGCCAGAGAAGGCCCUGCAGCCCAUCUGGCCAGUAGACAUGCUCGCAGAAAGAAAGGCAUCCUGUAUGGAGAAGACAGAGGCAUUGUGCCGCACUGAUGUAUGUGGUUGUUAGUAUCUGUGGCUGCAGCUUCGUUGUGGUAGCAGAUGAGAUAUGAGGUACAGGCAGACUUUUUAAGAUGCACAAAUCACAGAAAUGCUGUUUUGUUGUAAAAGUAAUUAAGGUAGAGAAAACCUUUUCAGGGAUCGCCAGUUUUGCAGAGAAUUAGGGAGAAUUAUUUUUCUUUUAAUGAUGAAAAAUGCACCUCGUUAGGAUACUGUAUAUGCCCCCCAAACUUAUGUAUCACAGUGAGCCUUUUGGUUUUGGUGGCCGUUCGCUGUGCAAGAAAGCAUACAAGCUGUUGGUACAGAUAUUCCAAAAGAAGUGAAGAAUUUGCAUAUAUAUAUGUAUAUAUAUGUAUAUAUAUAUAUAUAUGUGUGUUUGCUACCCUUUAUGCAAGAAGAAGCAGUUCUGCUGUUUGUGUUUUGUGUAAAAGUGAGCAAUGCACUGGACAAUGGAGCUGAAUAUGAUUCUGAGGAGGCAAAAACGUUGCUUUGCUUGGUUUGGAUAAUCAAUGCAUGGCUCAAAUUCCACUUAGCGAGAACACACAGGCAUCCCAGUUAAUAAUCAACAGCAUUUUUUUUGAAGACUUUUUUUUUUUUUUUUUUUUCCAUGUUAAGUAGUGUUGGGCUGGGGGAGGUCAAAGCGAGUCAACGGAGCCUUUGUCUGAGCCCCAUGUCCUUGUUGGGAAGUCAGCACUCUCCCAACUCACACGUCCCAGCGACUGUUGUUGUCACAGCUUUGAAAAGAGAGAAGCGGAGUUUUGUUUUUUUUUUUACUGCAAAAGGUGUGGGACUCUGCAGCAGAAUGUGGUCCAGUGUAUGGGGCUCGUAAUCCUGAACAAGUCCUGAAAUAAGUGAGUGGGUGAGAUGAUUUUCCCGCUUCUUGUUGUGCACUAAACGCACUGCAGCUUAUCAUCCAUCUACAACCAGCUACUACUGAGUUUCAACCUCUCUGAGACGUGCAAUUUCUCAGAGGUUGUCCACACAAUGAACGGAGUGUGCCUGGCCAUGAGUGGGAGGGUUGAGACGUUUGUUGAAAUGUGUACAGCUCCCCAUAAUCCUCAACCAUCACAUUAAAGUCUAUGGCAAUUUUUUUUCUUUUAUGUUGAUGUGCUCAUACGGGUUUUGAAGAGUUUUGUUCCAGAAUAAGAUCUCUAAAAAAUAUACUUAAUUUUAGAUAACUUAACCUUUAAAUCAUAGAAUGGAAUUAUUUUUGAGUGAUGAUUGAUAUUACAGUUUAGUGUUUAUAUCAUAAUCGAUAUAUGUUUUGGAAUGAAACACUUCAUAUGUAUUGUUGCUGUCAGGUGAAGAGCUGAUCUCCACAAAGUCAACUUUUCAGGAGAAAAGCAGACUUCAGAUUGACUAAAAUGCAUUCUUGCAUUGAUCCUGUGGCAUUUUGAAAAGGCUUAACAACAUUAAUUGAUGUAUGAGUUUCUCAGAGUGGAAUGUAAAAGAACACACCGUGACUUUUUUAUAGCACCUAAUAGCGCCAUUGAAUCUUUAAAAUUUCCAAACGCUUUAAAACAUCAGCUGUAAUGUGUGAGGAAAUUUAUUAAUAUGGGAUGGCAUAUUAAAUGUUUUAAAAGAAAUCAGUGGGUACCUACAAAUGUGAACAUCACCUCUGCUGAAAAUACAAGGUUGUCACAGGAUCCUAACAAUGUUGUAGCACAGCUCACAGAUGUUCCUUCUUUGUUGAAGAAUGUGAUAUUUAUAUUUAUAACUAGACCACGACAUCCACCUUUAAUGCGGUCACACACAAUGUGCUUGUGUUUACACUGUAGUGUCAUUUGUGCAUGAGUAGUUCAUUUUAGACGUCAUAUAGCCUGCAUGUUACCGAGGAAUCUCACAGACAUGGUUAAACAACAGGCAAGGGGCGAUCUUCAAAACCAGCUGUAUUCUUUCUCUAGUUGGACUUUUUUUGACAUAGUUAUUUCAAUGUUAAACCAUUCACGCGUACUAAAACUGCUACAGAUCAGGAGGAUUGACACUAAUCAUUGUCUGGUGGCCUGGUGGUUAUGGUUGAGAUAAGAUAUUCAGUCUCCUCCCAUUCUUCCUGUUGAAGUGCUUAAACUGAUCAGCUUUCUGAUAGGAAUCAGCUAAAUGUCAAAAAAGUAAGUGGUGGUUUGGUCCUGUUAAACUGUGUUACAGUGAUACUUUGCAGAUGAAACAUAAACCGAAAGAAAUUCGAAAGUAAUGCUGUUUUUAAAAUGUUGUUAACCAUCUACGCAAGUGUGUCGAUAGAUCUCAAAUGUGACCGAAGCAAGAAACUCUGCAUGUUUUCAUCCAGGAAUGACCCAGAGUGCAAGGAAGGAACAGUUAACUGACGGGAGUUUGCUGAAGGUUUGAAUUAAAUGUCUGUAAUUUACGUUUUGAAGAAAAUUUUAUCUUUUGUACUUUUCAUGUGAACAUUUUUUAUUUUUGACAGUGUGUCUCUGUGUGACAAGACAUGAAUAAUAACCAUUUUAUUGGGAGUUUUACAGUGCAUCCUUUCCUACUUGUUUGGUCAGUAAGUCCCAUUGUGUAAAUGUGUAGUAUAUAAAAAUAUAUAAAUAAAAACAAUCAUUUUGGUAGCUAAUUUGAUUGAAUGCAUUGUGACCAGUUAUGUACUGUGUGUGUGUGUU